AUGGCGGCGGCCGGAUCAGCAUUGACGUCGGUGAACGAAGGCGACGAGAACUCGCUGUUCUACGAUGAUCCCGAUCUCGCCGUCGACGAUUAUAUUCCCAAGGACCGUCAUGACUUGGAGCUGAUGAGGGAACGCCUCUCGAAGCUGCUGUUAGGGGACGACCCCUCGGGAGGCGCCAAGGGCUGCGGGCCCGCCCUCGCCAUGGCUAACGCCAUCACCAGCGUCUCAGCGUCCGUGUUUGGAGACAGCUUGCGACUGCGGCCCCUGAGGGAGGAGGACAAGAACAAGUGGAGGCGGGAGAUGGGCAUCAUGGUGUCGGUGUGUCGACACAUCGUUGAGCUGGCGCCAGGCUGGCAGACGCGCCCUGAUGGCACGCGGUUUGAGGUCAUGAAGCGGAGAGUGAGGGAGGACCUUCGAAUCAACCUCCCAGCGCUCAACAAGCUAGACCAUCUGCUGCAGAUCAUUCUAGAGCAGAGCACGUCAAAUGAGUAUUAUUAUGAGGAUGAGGUUGUGGGAGGGCAGGAGCCUAGAGAAGAAGAUGAAGAGGAGGAGGAAGAGGAGGAGGAGGAGGAGAGGGAGGAGGAGGAGGAUGACGUGGACGUUGAUGAUGAUGACAUGGAUGGGGAUAUUGUGGAUCGGGAUUUCGAUCUGAAUGCUGACGUGACAGGAGGGUCGGAAGGAGGGGUAGGUUCAGAAAGAGGAGGGAUAGGGUCAGAAGAAAGGGGGGUAGGUUCGGAAAAAGGAUCAGCAGCAGGAGGAGGAGGGAGCGAAGUCACCAAGGGGGGCAGCAUCAAAGAAGCCUUUUCUGGAAGGGAAGGGGGGAGAAGUAGCAGGGGAGAUUGUGGGGCGAGCGGUGGGAGUGGGUUGAGUGGGUUGCGUGGCGGUAGUCCGAGCAGCAACAGCGGGGAGGAUCAGGAGCAGCAGGAGGAAAGGCAGCAGCAGGAGGAGCCGGAGAGGCAUGAAUUAGAUGAACAAGCAUUGGAGCAGCAGUUUCGAAGGAGCAUCUCAGCACCCACAGAGAGGCGAGAGAGUGGGGACUUUGCAGAGGUGGAUAAGGAGUAUGCGGCAAGGCUGAGGUGUAGAGAGGAUGUGAGUGCGGUUGGGAUGGGUUCGCAACCAGGGCCGGGAUCAGGGUCAGGAUCAGGGUCGGAACAGCAGGAGGAGAAGGGGCAGAAGGAGGGGGGGCAGGAGAGGGAGCAGAAGAAGGGGGGAGACGAAGGGAUGAAUUCAGGCGGAUCCAGCCCCUCUAUAAGCACAUCAUGGGGCUUUUCCCGCUCGUACACCUCCUCCUCUACAGUCACCUCCAUUACUGCCACUUCUGGUAACUAUAAUAACAGCAGUACUAGCGGCAAUGCUACUGGUAGUGGUGCUGGUAGUGGUGGUGAUGGUGGUGGUGUGAAGGAGCUGGCUAGGAGGAGAACGACGGGAAGAAUCGGCAGCCGCAGCUACGAUCUAGGGGCGUUUGUGAGGGGCAGGUCGAAGGAGGCAGCAGGGAAAGCGGAUGGUGAUUGCAUCUGCAGCAGCAGCAGCGGCGGCGGCGGCGGUGGUGGUGGUGGUAGCAGUGGUGGCGAUGGCGGUGGGUCAGAAGCAAGUGGGGCAGUGGCAGGAGCAGGGGCGGGAGCAGCAGGAGGAGGAGCAGGAGUAGGAGCAGGAGGAGGAGGGGGGGUGCCAUGGCGGUGGAAAGUGAAGCCACGGAUGAGAGUGGGGUUGUCAGAGGAUCUGAGGAGGUGGCUGGAGCAGCAGUCGGAGAAGACAAGUCAGAUUAUGAAAGCAUGCAUGUUUAUCAACCAGCAGAUUCUUCAGGAGAUGGAUGUUCCAGAUGCAUUCUUGCAGCGAUUGCCCAAGGUGGGUGUGUGA